AUGCCUUCUCUGCCAUCAGAUCAGCUCGCCGACUACGAUGAUUCGCUGUCGGAGUCUCAGAAUGCCAAGGCCGAACAGGCCCAGUCUCUUAAGCUGCUCCUCGAUUCUGGAAACGGAUCUGACCUGACCAUUACCUGUGACGAGCACACAUUCCACGUCCACAGCCCGAUCAUGUGCUCGCGUUCCGACUACUUCGCCAUCCACCGAGAUGCCUCCACUCGAUUCCCGGCGUCCGACCCUCAUCACGUGCGCCUACCCGACGAAGAUGCCUCCCUCAUCGAAAAGAUGAUCGGAUUCGUGUACACGUCGGAGUACUCCGUUUCCGCGGAUGGAACGACCGGUGCUUCCGAGGCCGAGCCGUUGGCGCUCUCCGUCCACGCCUCCAUGUACGGCCUCGGCGAGUUCUACGGCAUCCGCUCCCUCGAAUGGGUCGCAGCGGGCCAGUUCAAGGAGCUCGUCGCGCUCUGGCACAAACCGUACGGAGCCUUUCAGAGUUCGCGCCUUCUCGACUUCGUCCAGGCGAUCAAGGUUGUGUACGCGAGGACGCCGCAUGACGAUCGUGUCCUGCGGGACCCUAUAAUCCGGCAUAUCCCGGAGAACUUGCACGCGAUGUUUGGGCUGGAGGAGUUCAGAGCGCUCGUGAACGAGGUGCCUGAAUUUAUGGACGAGGCGUUUGGCGAAGGCGUGCUUGGGGAGGUUGCGCGUUCGAGAACGAAAGGGAGCGUGAGGCGGAUCAGGGAGAUGUGUAGGUUGGCGAGGAGGGGGACGUGGCCUUAUUUGGAUGAUUGA